UGACGUCGACCGAGAGGGGAGAAAGAAAAAGCACCGAGGUGUGUGAUUUCCGGGUGGAAUGCCCCUUUGAGAAAACUUAAAAAGCUCGUUCGCAGUCAGAAGAGCAGCGAGAGUUCUAGCGAGGUGUACGCACGGCAUCGCUCGGGACUGAACUGCAACGCACGGAAUAUACCGGCUUCAGCGGAGGGAGCGGAAAGCUCGCAGUACAAUCAUUUUGAAUAGUAAAAAUCUUCUUAAAAAUGAAUAAAAAAGGUAGUUCAGCAUUUUACGUGGGAAAUGACAUCAAGGAGGAUGACAUUUGCUAUGAGGACUAUUUGAUAAAGUCACCACCUAUGAAUCAAUUUGCAACACAGUCAUCAUGGAAAAAACGAUAUUUCAUACUGGCAAAAUCAAAAGAAGAACAUGUUCUGAGUUACUUCAAAAACAAGGAAGUGAGCCGAAAGUCACCGCCUCUGGGCAAGAUACCUAUAAGAGACAUUAAAGAGUUUUGCAUUAGACCAGAUUACCAUCCAAAAUGGAAUACACUACAGAAACUUUUUAAAUGUUCUUCUGAAAAUGUUAUGCUUGUGCAGACCGAAGAAAGAGAAUACUUUUUAAUCGGAGAAGGAGUAUCCUUAGAACUUCUGCAUCAAGUAAUUGCAAGUGUGCUUCAGAUGUGUGAAAGCCAAAUCCAGGCAUGCAAGCAACAAAAGGCCACAAAUAAUCCAAAACCAUUUGUUGAAUAUACUUUCAAUGAAGACUCCAACCAACCUUAUGACAUUCCCAGGAGUGCCCAACACAGGUUAUCACAGCCCACACCCGAACCAGCCAGCAGAGAAAAGCUACGUAGUUAUUCACUGCCUACCUCAGAGCCACCAUCCCACUAUGAUGUACCCAGGAAGAUUGUAACCGCUAACUGGAGAAAUAAUAAAGUGGUAUCGGCUGACUCGGGGAUCUAUGAGUCCAUGUCCACAAUUAAAGCCUGGCAUGAUUCGGUUUCAUCUAUCAGCUCUCUUGGAUCUUCUGAUGAAAGCAAUUAUUUAAAUCUCAAGGCAAUCGAUGACGCGUUUCCAGGUGGCUCCCUCGAUGAACAUUGUUAUCAGUCACCACUCGAAGAAUCAAACAAGGGAAAACAAUCUACCAAAGAGGCCUUGGAAGCAUUGAUUAGCAAAAUUACAGAAGAAACCAAGCUGCUAAAAUUGAACGUUGCUGUUUGCCAACAGGACUUCAAAACCAAUCUUUCACUUUUAGAAGUGCAGAACAAAGUUUGUGUCGCAUAUUCAGAUGAGAAGUGUGCACUUAAACAUGGAGAUCAAAUUGUGGCAAUUAACAAACUUCAGAUCCAGAAUGUGGAGGAACUGCAGAUGUUAUUAAACAAGUCAAUGGAAGAGGAGGUGCUUGCCACCAUAUUGCGAAUGCCUGAUGCUCCAUCAGACCACAAUAAAAAUAAGGAAAAUCUAAGGAAGGAACUAAUGAAAGUUGUACAAAGUGCUAAUUUACACAAAGAACCACCCACAAGCUCAUCACCAUGAAAACAUCAUCAAAGCCAGAAAUAAUUACCUUAUGUUAUCCAGCAGACAUUCAUCAGUAUUAAUUGAACUGGUAGACUCUUCUGAAUCUUGUGGAUCACUACUGAUUUAAUGAUGAACACGUCUGCAACGUUUAGUUCUGGGAACAUUUGUCGUCCUUUCAUUCCACCCGGUCUGAGUUCAUUGACACCACUUGCAAGUUCCACUUUGAAUAAUGUGCAACAUCUGGGCAGUAUGCCUUUGACAAAUAAGGAAUCUUUCUUUAACACUUUGUUGCAGUUUAUGUCAUUUACUUAAUAGAACAAAAGAAGUUGUGUUAAUAUCUGCUGUUAAAAGGUGCUGUUCAUUUCUAAGACACUUUACAUCAUUAUAAGCAGGAGCAUCAUGCUUAAUUGCUCAGCGUCUUUCCCUCCAAUAACUCCUUGGCAAAUGUACAGUUAAUAGUCACUGUCCUUCAUAAAUGAUUUCCCAGGGUGUAGUUGAUAAAAUAGUGUAUUUUCAUGUUGAAAUGUAGUACAGAACUGACUUGGUAGUAAUGAGCACUUGCUGCCCUAGAUCUGUUCCGAGAUGAUCUGACCUUGGUGCUGUUUUACCCAUUCAGAAUUACUAUCACUUUAUUGCCAGUAUGUGAAACAUAAGAACAUAAGAAAUAGGAGCAGGAGUAGGCCAUCCGGCCCACUGAGCCUGCCCUGCUAUUCAAUGAGAUCAUGGCUGAUCUGUCCGUAAACUCAGCUCCAUCUACCUGCCUUUCCCCAUAACCAUUAAUUCCCUUACUAUGUAAAAACCCAUCUAACUGUUUCUUAAAUAUAUUUAGUGAGGAAGCCUCAACUGCUUACCUUGGCAGAGAAUUCCACAGAUUCACCACUCUCUGGGAAAAAACAGUUUCUCCUCAUCUCCGUCUGGAAUCUUCUCCCUGAAACAAACUAGAAUUGUUUGUGGUUCGGUACCAAGCAUCAAACACAGGACAAUAACAGAACAGGCAACACAAAGCAACCAAGACAACAGUGCAAACAGCCUCAAAUGCCUCCUCGAUCUGGUCUUCCCAAAGAACUGUCAGUCCUGCCAUGACCACCUGCCUUGAGGUUCCUGACAGGAUGACGAUGUCAGGUCUCAGUGAUGAUGGCAAAACCAUAACAGCCAACACAACAGUCAAUAAGACGAUCGUGCAAACGGCCAUGAGCAAUUGGCAAUUAGCGCGUGUCAAUCAAACUGAAAAAUAUGAAGAUAUGAACAGACUCAACAAUUAUCAACAAAAGAAGGAGAGCAGGAGGAACCAUUUCACGGAUUUUGUGCAGGGACAGUCAGGUAUUACACCGGAGUGAGUUUUAUUGAGAAGCUGGGUAGCUACAGGAAAGAAGCUUCAGAGAUGAUGUGCAGUCCUGGUGAUGGACUUGUAGCGUCUCCCUGAUAGCAAUUUGGUGAAAAGGUGACUGCUAGGGCAAUAACGUGCAUCUUGAUGAUAUCCAAUUGCUCUGUGAAAAUCCUCCAAAUCAAGGAAUUUAAUAAGCAGCAAAACUUAUUAGCUAACAACCCAAUCAUUAGUUUGGAAUUCUGCAUGUUUUCUGUGUCUUUUUGAAUCCGUGAUUGAAAUUGACACUUAGGCGUAAAGCUGCCAUUUGUUUAAAUGACAAGUUGAAAGCCAUCUGCUGUUUUACGUAGAUAAUUAAAGCUCUCGUGGCAGUGUCUUUACCCGAUGUUGUUCAAACAAAUUAUCUGCUCAGCUUUGUUUUGCACAGUAUACCAAACUUUGCAAUUCACACACUGAGCGCUGUAGCUUCCGACGCCAAGAACAAAACAACAAAAGAACUUCAGUUGUGGUGAAACGCUGCAAGAUAUCCCGAUGUCAUGAAAAACAUAUAAAAAAUGUGUUCACUGCCACUGUAUGCCAAAGCAAUAUUCUAAAAGUAUACAGGAAAUGUUAUAGAACAAACAGCAUGUUAACAGCACUAUUGAAAUCUUCAGCAAGAUUUGUAACUUUAAACUGUGAUUUUAUAUAUAUAGCAUAAAGCCUAUAGAAAAUACAAUCGAUUAUAAUUGUCUCUUGCAAGUUGCACCAGAGUGUAAAUAUUGCAAUGACGUAUAUAUGUAUAACUGUAAUUUAGGCAGGCAGUCAGUGGAUGUUUAAAGCAUUGAUUUUAUAUGAAGAUUAGGAAUUUGAAUCUACAGUUUCAAAUCUUUUAUAUAUAUUGUAGUGGUAAAUUAAUCUAGUAUUAUGACAUGAUUUCUAUGGAUUGUAUUAUUUUCUAAAAGAAACACAAUGUCUGUAAAUGGCACCUUGUAAAUAAUUGUAAUGUCAGAUCAUUGCGAGCUCCCUUCGAGCUCAGUGAUCAGUUGAGAUAUCAAUCAGAUAUUUCAAGAUUUAAUGGUAAUUCAUAUCUGACCUUCCUACACUUGAAAUGUAACGUAAUGGUUGUUCGUUGAUGUACACUGCACGUUUGAGUACACAGUUGGUGACAUUUAUGCUUUAUGCAGGUGUUCCCAACCGAGGCCCAUGGACCCCUUGCUUGAUAGUAUUGGUCCGUGGCUUAACUAAGGUUGGGAACCCCUGCUUUAUGUCUUUAAAUGAUAUAAUUGAACACUAACAUCAUUGAGAACCAUGAACGAACAGUCAAAAGUUUUUGAAAAGGUACUGCUGUAUGUUUAUCUUUAGACAGAUUGUAGCUCAAGUGAUUUGAAGCACUGUGCUGGAUAUAAUCUGUAGCACAUUCUUUCCUCAGACUUCAAAAUUUCAUUUAGGGCAGAGGCUAACACACACUCCAGCAGUUACAAGUUUAAAAUUAGUUAGUUGAGCCAUUGUAUCGAUUAUGCCCUUUUAUCAUUUUUAUUUAUUCUGGAUUUUUUUCUAGUGGCCUGAUUUAGAUGUCAAAAGAACCCCAAUUGGUAUAGAUUAAUGUUGCUGUACUUAUUGCAACUAGUGGGGUGCUGGUUUGUUGGGCUUCCAACCUUAAUCCACCAGCAGGCUGGAUGACACUCCGUGGGACCAGUACUCUAGCAGCCGAAUGCUUGGAGUUUGCUAUGCAGCUGAAGUAGCAAGUCACCAGCUGGAUGCUGAUAAUUAUAGCACAUUAACGCACAGCUGCUAAACGUUAAAGGCUCAAAGAUCAGGUCUUUCACAGUACCUGCUGCUCACCAGAGAUUUUUAAUACUCUGUUCUACAGGUUUUAAUUUCACAAUUGCAUCCAUUGUUGAUAAUGUCUCCGGUCAGGUGUAUGUUGCCAAAUCAUUGUCAAUCCUUUUUUUUGCAUACUUUUAAUAUGUUAUAUCAUUCAUGCGAGAAUACAGCUUGACUGGCAUGAAUUCCUGUGAUUUUCGUUACAGAAUUACCAAGAAAGACAACUGAAGGAAGUAAUUCCCAAAAAGUAUCUGCACUCUUUUAAGGUGUUGGAGUUGUUUGUAAUUCUCCUAAUCUCCAGUAGAUGCCACAGUUAUUGCAUAUUGCAAAACAUGUAAUGUAAGCAUAAUAUGAACACUUUUACAAUAAAAAGAUUUAUGUCUG